UUUUUAGUAAUUUGACGUCAAUGGCUGCUGAUGACUGCCAUAUUGGAUAUAUUAACAGCCGUAUGAAGAUUUUAAUAACAAGUUUCUUAGUUACGAUACAUUUCCGCAGAAAAAGAUCUUUAUUUCCGCGAUACACGUGUCAAAACGAAGCAUUGGUGUAUAAUACAUGUAAUUUCGCGUCCCGUCACUUUGCUAGGAAUAUACCUUUAUUUUUACAUGUAUAGUGACAAAUAUUGUUUGUAAGAAAUUUUAAUCAUGACAUAAAUUAUAUAAUGAAAUUGCAAAAAAGUUAAUGAAGUCGAAUAAACAUAAUUUAUUACCAAUUUUAAUAUCUUUAUGUUAUGAAGUGAAGUAUGACUUGAAUGCACAUAAAUUGUAACAUGGAAGCAAAGUGAAAUCAACAUGUCAUUUCCAAUAAGAACGUCACGUAAAAUAAAUAAAUUUUCAUACCAAAAUCAAAACGUGUUUAUGAUAUGCUUGUUAACAUUUACAUUAUUUAUAAUUCUAAUUACAACAUAUCAUAUUUUGAAGUUUGGAAGUACCCAAAAACAUUCUGUACAUAAUGCUAUAAGCAUUAAUGACUUAAAUUUUUUUCAUACACAAAUGCUAGAUGUAGAUUCCUUGGUAGGAGAUACUACAAAUCUUUCUUGUACAUAUUUUGGUUGUUUUAAUGUUUAUCGAUGUGGCAGUCAAGGAAAUAAACUUUUAAUAUAUGUUUAUCCACCAAAAGUGUAUGUGGAUACUUCAGAAAGACCUAUAACCAGUCAGAUGACAAAAGAAUUUUAUCAAAUUUUGAGUACUAUUAUUUCAAGUAAAUUUUAUACACCAAAUCCAUACGAAGCGUGUAUAUUUAUUCCUUCGAUUGAUACAUUGAAUCAGAACAGAUUAAAGUUACAUGAAGUUUCAAAAGCCUUAAAGGCUUUACCAUUCUGGAAUAAUGGUGAAAAUCAUCUUAUAUUUAAUAUGGUUCCUGGGAAUGUACCAGAUUACAAUACAAUCAUUGAUGUACCCAUUGGAAAAGCAAUGAUUGCAGGUGCAGGAAUGUCAUCUUUAACAUAUAGACCUGGUUUCGACAUUAGUUUACCAGUGUAUAGUUCCUUCAUAAACAAUCUUAAACCUACUUUGAAUAAUACAAGGAUUUGGUUAGCUAUUUCGUCACAAAUUAAUAUUAAUUCUGCUUUUGAACAAGAUUUAUUAGAAAUAAAAGCUAUAUCACCAAAAGAUAUUUUGAUAUUAGGUCCAUGUAUACAUUAUAAUUCUGUUAAUGCGACAGUGCGAUGUGCUGGAGAAGAUUGGUAUAAAUAUCCAAACGUUCUUCAAACUGCAACAUUUUGUCUAGUUAUUCGUGGAGCAAGACUGGGUCAGAGUACACUUCUAGAAUGUAUGGCAGCAGGAAGUAUACCUGUAAUUAUAGCUGAUUCUCUUGUAAUGCCAUUUUAUGAUGUAAUUGAUUGGAGCAGAGCUACUAUAUUUGUAUCGGAAGCGGAUAUAUUGUCAAUAAUGUCGGUUUUGAAAAAAGUAUCGCCACAGCGAAUUAUAGAACUUCAAGAGCAAGGAUCAUGGCUUUAUCAAAAAUAUUUUAAAUCAAUAGAGAAGAUAACAGAAACAACAUUAGAAAUACUUGCAGACCGUGUAUUUCCAUAUUUAGCUAGAGAUUAUAUAUUUUGGAACGUACCUCCCCAUAAAGACAUUACGUCACCGCUAUCUUUACCAGUCACUGCACCAAAAACUCGAGGAUUUACCGCUGUAAUUUUGACUUACGAUAGAUUGGAAUUACUAUUCCUUUUGAUUAAUAAACUUGUUAAAGUUCCAAGUUUGUCUAAAGUUCUAGUAAUAUGGAAUAAUCAGCACAAAGAUCCUCCACAUUCAUCCAAAUGGCCAAAAUUGAGCAAACCACUAAAAGUUAUACAAACAAAGGAAAAUAAAUUAUCUAACAGAUUUUAUCCAUACAAUGAAAUUGAAACUGAAGCCAUUCUAUCGAUAGAUGAUGAUAUUAUAAUGUUGACAGCAGAUGAAGUAGAAUUUGCUUAUGAGGUGUGGAGGGAAUUUCCAGACCGAAUUGUUGGGUUCCCAUCUCGAAUUCAUAUGUGGGAUAACGGCACCAAUUGUUGGAAAUAUGAAAGCGAGUGGACCAAUAGUAUUUCUAUGGUUUUAACCGGAGCUGCAUUCCAUCAUAAAUAUUGGAGUUACAUGUACACAACUGCUAUGCCAGGUGACAUAAAGGAAUGGGUUGACGAACAUAUGAAUUGCGAAGAUAUAGCUAUGAACUUUUUAGUAGCAAAUAUUACAGGCAAACCACCAAUAAAAGUAACACCAAAGAAAAAGUUUCGAUGUCCAGAAUGUACGAAUACCGAAAUGCUUUCAGCAGACUUGACACACAUGGUAGAACGCACGCAAUGCAUUAAUAGAUUCUCUUCAAUAUAUGGAUCAAUGCCGUUAGAAUCGGCUGAAUUUCGUGCAGAUCCAGUCUUAUUUAAAGAUGUAUUUCCAGAAAAGCUCAAACGAUUCAAUGAUAUCGGAAGUUUGUAAAUAUUUUGUUAUUUUGAUAUUGUUAUUUUACAAGAA